CCAGGCUGCGGACGCGGCGGGGCCCGCGGGACUUCGCAGUGUCCGCGGCUCGGCGCAGCCCGCGCGCUCCCGCCAGAAUACUGGGAUCUUCAAUGGCAGGAGACAGAGUGAUCAGAAGACCGAGAUGAAUUUUAACACUAUUCUAGAAGAGAUUCUUAUUAAAAGGUCACAGCAGAAAAAGAAGACAUCGCCCUUAAACUACAAAGAGAGACUUUUUGUGCUAACAAAGUCCAUGUUAACCUACUAUGAGGGUCGAGCAGAGAAAAAAUACAGGAAGGGAUUUAUUGAUGUUUCAAAAAUCAAGUGUGUGGAAAUAGUGAAGAAUGAUGAUGUUGUUAUUCCCUGCCAAAACAAAUACCCAUUUCAGGUGGUUCACGAUGCCAACACACUCUACGUUUUUGCACCUAGUGCACAAAGCAGGGACCGGUGGGUGAAGAAGUUAAAAGAAGAAAUAAAGAACAACAAUAAUAUCAUGAUUAAAUAUCAUCCUAAAUUCUGGGCAGACGGAAGUUAUCAGUGUUGCAGACAAACUGAAAAAUUAGCCCCUGGAUGUGAAAAAUAUAAUCUUUUUGAGAGUAGUAUAAAAAAAGCACUACCUCCAGCACCAGAAACAAAGAAGCGAAGGCCUCCCCCACCAAUUCCACCUGAAGAAGAGGAUAAUAGUGAAGAAAUCGUUGUAGCCAUGUACGAUUUCCAAGCAACAGAGGCACAUGAUCUCAGAUUAGAGAGAGGACAAGAGUAUAUUAUAUUAGAAAAGAAUGAUGUUCAUUGGUGGAGAGCAAGAGAUAAAUACGGGAGUGAAGGAUAUAUCCCAAGUAAUUAUGUAACAGGAAAGAAAUCAAACAACUUAGACCAAUAUGAGUGGUAUUGCAGAAACACGAACAGAAGCAAAGCAGAGCAGCUUCUCAGAAGUGAAGAUAAAGAAGGUGGUUUUAUGGUAAGGGAUUCCAGUCAACCAGGCAUGUACACCGUCUCCCUUUAUACAAAGUUUGGAGGGGAGGGCUCAUCAGGUUUCAGGCAUUAUCAUAUAAAGGAAACAACAACAUCCCCAAAGAAGUAUUAUCUGGCCGAAAAACAUGCUUUUGGUUCAAUUCCCGAGAUUAUUGAAUAUCAUAAGCACAACGCAGCAGGACUUGUCACAAGGCUGCGGUACCCAGUUAGUACAAAGGAGAAGAAUGCACCAACCACUGCAGGAUUCAGCUAUGAAAAAUGGGAGAUCAACCCUUCAGAGCUGACCUUUAUGAGGGAACUGGGGAGCGGACUGUUUGGAGUGGUGAGGCUCGGCAAGUGGAGAGCCCAGUACAAGGUGGCGAUCAAAGCUAUCAAGGAAGGUGCCAUGUGUGAGGAAGACUUUAUAGAAGAAGCUAAAGUGAUGAUGAAGCUGACACACCCGAAGCUAGUGCAGCUUUACGGUGUGUGCACCCAGCAGAAACCAAUUUACAUCGUCACUGAGUUCAUGGAAAGGGGUUGUCUUCUGAAUUUCCUCCGACAGAGACAAGGUCAUUUGAGUAGAGAUGUGCUGCUGAGCAUGUGUCAAGAUGUGUGUGAAGGGAUGGAGUACCUGGAGAGAAACAGCUUCAUCCACAGAGAUCUGGCUGCCAGAAAUUGUCUAGUAAAUGAAGCAGGAGUUGUGAAAGUGUCAGAUUUUGGAAUGGCCAGGUAUGUCCUGGAUGAUCAAUACACAAGUUCUUCUGGUGCAAAAUUUCCAGUGAAGUGGUGUCCACCUGAGGUGUUUAAUUACAGCCGCUUUAGUAGCAAAUCGGACGUCUGGUCAUUUGGUGUUUUAAUGUGGGAAAUAUUCACUGAAGGCAAGAUGCCCUUUGAGAAAAACACCAACUAUGAAGUGGUAACCAUGGUUACCCGGGGCCACCGACUCUACAGGCCGAAGUUGGCGUCCAAAUAUGUAUACGAGGUGAUGCUGAGAUGUUGGCAGGAGAAACCAGAGGGAAGGCCUUCCUUUGAAGAUUUGCUGCGCACGAUAGAUGAACUAGUCGAGUGCGAAGAAACUUUUGGACGAUGAGUGGUGGUGUGAUCCGUGGCAUCCAGCUUCCGAAGCAUGAGGAAGAGAUGGCCCUUUGUGGCUAACUUUUAAUUUAUUUAGUACUUGGACAUGUAGACGGUUUUACUUACAAAGUGGAAACACCUAAAGCAUUUGCUUCUAGCCCAAAUGGGAGCUCUGGGACUGAAUCCUUCCGACUAUGGAAAUGCUGCCUAGGGAGGGUGAUUAAGAACACUCGCUUUUAUCCAUCCCACAAGUACUUGAGUGCCCACCGUGUGCUAGGUACUAUGCCCGGGCCCCAUGCUUUGCCCAUUUUAGGGGUGUAUGGAGGGCCACGUUAGCUGGUACACCGGUACACUGGAAGGUCAGGCUAUUUGGGAAGGAAAAGGGAAUUCGAAUCUUAUUCCACCAGCCUUUCUCUUUCCUUCGACUUCUACAGAAAUCUGGGCCUGAGGCAUUGUCUAGAAUGUGGGUUCUGGGUGAAUCAGGAACCCACCUUGGAUAAGAACUCAUCCUUUGUUUUGAAAACAUCUGUUUUCAAGACUGCCAUGAGUAUUACGUUAAAAAAUAUUUGUAUGCUGUAUAUAUUGUAAAUAUAUAUAAUAUAUAAAGAUAUAUAUUUAU